AUGUCUUUGUUAAGAAAUAUUACAUCAAAUAUAUAUGAAGUUCGUUAUAUUAAUUCAAAUAUAAACAAUAGCUUUAAUAACAAUAUCGAUCAAACAAUAAGAAAUAAGAUCUCGACAUCUGGCUCCGACACAUCAUAUAGAUCAAGAUGCAGAUGGAUUGGGCUUUAUGUCUUUUAA